AGCGUCAAACAACAAAGAGUUCGUUCAAAGUUUAUUUGUAACUUUUUUAAUUGGGAUUAUAAAUCUAAGUGUGAAAUCGUAGAAAUGAAGGUCUUCGUAUGCAUUUUGGCUCUCGCCUUGGCUUCCGCCCAAGCUGGUCUUUUGCCUCAUCAUGCCAAUGAAGUGGUAGUAUCACCUCACCACAUUGAACAUGCCAUUCAUCAUGAUGACAUCCAUCAUGAUGUACAUCACGAUGUUCAUCACAGCAAUGGCAUUCACUUCGGACACUCGGCUCAGAUUGUUAUUGAUGGUUCGGAACAUCAUGCUGUUGAACACCACCCUGUCUAUCAUCAUGCUGAUCAUCAUGCCGCUGUUGAGGUACACCACGAUGAUCACCAUGUUCAUCAUGCUGCUCCAGCUGCUCAGAUUAUCCAUCAUGAACCCAUCCACAAGGUUGAACCCGUCCACCAUGUUACCAAAGUUGUACAUCAUGAACCUCAUCACUUCUUGCACUACACCAACCCCGUUGUAGAUCAUCAUGUUGUCCACCAAAACCACCAUGUUGAUGAACAUCACCAUGCUGAUGAUUUGCACCACACUGAAUUGCACCAUGGUGAUGCCCACCAUCAUGGUGAUUUGCACGCUGAUGUUCACCACAAUGCUGUCGGUUUGGUUCACCACGGUGAUGUUCACCAUGCUGCUGGUUUGGUUCACCAUGCUGAUGUCCACCACCACUCUAGUUUGGUCCAUCACGGUGAUGUCCACCAUCACUCCGGUUUGGUCCAUCAUGCUGAUGUCCAUCAUCACGCUGCUUUGGUCCAUCAUGGCGAUGUUCACCAUCACGCUGCUUUGGUUCACCACUCCGUUCCUGCUGUCCACCACCAUGCUGCCAUUGUCCACAAAGUCUACCCUUCCCAUCACACUCAUGCUGAUAUCUUAGCCAUUGCUAAACAUCAUUUGCAUGGCAAAUAUGGCAAGGUGAAAAUUACCGAAAAACAUUACUAAACGAUUUCAUUCCCACAAAACCCCCUUCUUCUACGCCUUUUUGUAAGGCAUCUUUAUACAAAUCUAUUCUAUUUACAUUACAUUUAUUCAUACAAAAACAAAACAUAUUAAUACCAAAAUUAACGCUUUUCAUAGCUAUAAUUUAUUAAACGAACGAACUCUCAUGAUCACAUAAAUCCAUAAAUUUAAUGAUCAUUCAUCAUCCAUAAUUCUUCUUUACAUCCAUCCAGGAGUCGUUAAUUAGUUGAAUCAUUUGAAAUUUUUUAUUUAGUUUUUAAGUUUUAUUGUUGCUUGUUAUUACUCUCACAGUGUUAAAAUUCGAUAAAAAAAACCAUUCAACACACAAAAGAUGUAAAUAUUAUAGUACAAUAAAAAAAUAAAUUAUAAUUG